AUGAAGAAACUCGCCCGCACGCUCUCCGCUCGUGGCAGCAGCAGCAAGUCCCAUCCUCAUCCACCCUCGAGCAACGGCAUCAGCACUGCUCGUUCGAGCCAGGCCCAUAUUCGGAAAUCCUCCAUGACGAGCCCGAUCCCUCCCUUUACGCACAUCCAUUUCCCCCAAUGUCCACACACCACGCCUCCGACCCCUCGACCAGCACACUUGCCGUCUGUACUAAGGACCGAGAUUGUCGGAGGCGCAAAGACACCAGACAAUGCCAGAUCAGAUGAGAUUGACAGGAACGUUCAAGUCCGGCAAUACUUGACCGAGCAAACGCAUUGUCUCGACUGCACACUCGCUCUGGCCUCGCAACAGGAAUCCUGGUGGAGAGAGGGAUGCGAUGCAGGUGUACGGGAAUUGAGAAUGAGAGUCGUAGAGUUGAAGUCAGGUUUGGCUGCCCUGACAGCUGCAGAUGACGCUACUAUACCUGCCCACGGUAACGGAGGCGAGCCGGACGAUGAGACCAGGAAAGGAGCGGAGAUGAAGCUCGAGACGGAGAUCCUGUGCUAUGAAGAGCGCAUCGAGGAGCAUCUGCGCCGACGGGACGGCCAUGUGAAGAAGCUGUGGGACCAGGUUCGCAAAGACUGGGAGGGCGGUGUCCGGGAAGUGGUCCGGGAUGACGGCACUGGCGAGGCUGAGGAACAGUGCAUGUUUGUGUUUCCGUGGGAGGAGGAUAAGGAUGUACUCGCGAAGGGAGAUGAUGGGAUAGGGCAAGGAGAACCCAGGGAGUCAGUGAGAUUGCGGUGGCUGCCGAUCGAGGCGGAGAGAAUUAAUGAGUGA